AGCCUCCUCCUGAAAACCCCACAGUGGAUAAAUCAAUAGGGCCUGUUCAGCCUGCCUGCUUUUUCGGCUUAAAGGGCGUCUCAGUCACAUCUUGCCGCCCCGGAUCCCAGAGAGCCAGGCCUGUAGGGAGACGAGCGCUUCCGGGUUAGCGGGAACAGCUGUUGUACCCCGCACCCAGCAUGCCCAUCCCCGCCCGGUGAGGGGCCGCACAAGUGGUGGGGUGUAUGGCGCCUCUGGCCAAGCUGCUACUCUGGCUCUCCCAGUCCGCCGCCGCUCGCCAUUAUAGCCUUUUCGCCAAAGGGCUCACUCGCACCCUGCUUAUCUUCUUUAACAUGGCCUGGAAACUGAGGAUCAAGUUCCCCUAUCUCUAUGUUAUCGCCUCCAUGAUGCUCAACGUCAGGCUACAGGUUCAUAUUGAAAUUCACUAAAAUUUGAAUCAGACUAUGAAAACAGAUAUGAACUGGCUGUUUCCUGUGAUGGAUGGGGCACUUUCUAAUCAGUGGCAGAACAAAGAGGAUUUAUACCAUCUUAGCUUGAGUGAAGAAGAUACAGCGGAGGAAUUUGUGGGAAAUCCAGUUCAGGAAGCAGAUCAUACUACUGAUAUAGUGCCCACUGCUUGGUGUACUAGUUUACAUGAGAAGAUCUUACCUCUGUUACUCAGGAAGUACCCUUCGGGCAAGGAUCCCUCUUUGCCUGGCAUUUCUAAUAGCGAUUCUAUCAGAACAUCUCCAGCUCCCCACAAGCGUGUUUACAGCUUCAAAAGGCCAAGAAAACCUAUGCUAGAAGACUUUUCUUUGGAUAUAUCUCAUAAAGUACCCGUUGACUGGCUUCAGACACCCCAGCUAGGGGUCAGUGGCCUUCAGAGCUGGGGACACACUCACUGUAGCUACUAUUCUCUUUCUUGGUUUACAGAGUUGCCCCAUUCUAAUUUGUAGCGCACUUUGCAUCCUUUCAUAUCUGCCACCUUAUGCAAAAUAAAGCUGCUAGCCAUAGAGCUGCUCAAAAAGCCCUGGCCACCCAUGUAAUGGGCCAAAUUAGGCUGAUCCAAGUGUUUGUUUGCUGAUUCUUAGGCCAACAAUUGGAUCGUUAUACAGGCCUAUGCAGAUUUGGGAGAGCACCAACUUGGUUCUUUUCCUUAGUGUUUUUCUAACUUACUGUUGGUUGGGCAGAGUGUUGGGAGCCCCCUCCCUUCCCAUACAUGUCAAUAAGCUGCUGAUUUGGUCUGAAGGGCACAAGUCAGUAAGUUUUAUUGAUCUAUGUUGGCCACAAUAGGCAGUCAAUCCGGUCAGUCCGGUCUUCUCUGUGUGCCUGCACCUAGGCCAACAUGCCAGCGUGAGGUCUAAUUCUUGGCCUUCUUUUAUCCACAGGCUGAGAAUUGGGCCAGUGUUGAAAUUAGCCUCAUUAUAUUAAUCUAAGUGCUCAUCCCAAGGUGGCUCAGUUAUUAGUACCAGUACUGGGUCUCCGAGCUGUGUUAUUCAAUAGGGUAGUCCCAGCAGUUGUUGCUUGUUGAGAAAGAUGCUUUGUUUGUGAUAUGACAAAACCUGAAGCAACAGUUUGUCUUGGUUUAUUGCUUUGGCUAUGGAACCUAAUAAGCAGGUAGUUUUAUAAUAGUUUUUUUUUUUUCAUAAGCUACAUACGAAUUAUUUGUUUAAAAGGGACAGUGAGGCCUUUCAGUCCAAGGAACAGUCUUUCUUUAUUUAAAAAAAAAUAAUAAUUUUAUGUUUUAUUCAUAAUAAAUUACAUAUCUCAUUUUCUUUUUGGCAGAAUGUUAUUUUCCCACCCUCUAUGCCUUUUGUAUCCAGCCCGAGCUUGCAUGUAUUACUAUCAAUCAUGCGAGUUUGCUAUUAUCAGUGAUCCCUUAAAAUGUGAACAAAUGUGUCCUAUGAAACUGGCUACACUGUAGGGUAUCAGCUGGUACUCUCAGUUGUGACCAUUGACUGAACAUUUGUUUUAAUAUAGGUAGACCAGCAAGAAGGUAUAGAAGUGGUUCCAUGGGUUUGUGUUUUUUUUCUUUCUAAUAACUUUUGUCUCCCUUACUCAUUUUAUGGCUGUGGCUUUGGCCAGAGAUAGUUACUGGUGGCCCAACAGCUACAAAGUUA